GAGCCUGUGGGCGCAACUGCUGGCGGAUUCCACUCGUGACGGCAGCCGAUCGGCGGAGCGCUGCCAGCAGCCAGCCGAGCGACGACGCGCCGUGCUUGCCCCUCCCAGCCCAACGCGCGCACCCUCUGCCCUCGACCUCCCAUCCACGCCAUGCCCUCCCCCGCCGCCGCCGACGCCCCCGCCGCGCAGGACUCGUCUCAAUCGCAGAACGGCGCGUCUUUCCCGAGCGGCGCCGUCCUGCCGCCCUCGGAUGCUUCGUCUGCCGCCUCGAGCGUCGAUGCGCCCGGCGACCACGCGAUCCGCGACGGCAAGCACAAGGCCAAGGCAGUGCUCGCCGCCUCGGGCGUGACCAUGGACUCGCCCACCGCCGACGGCCCCAAUGGCGCGUCCCGCAAGCGCUCGCACUCGGGCUCGCGCAAGCCCUCGACCGCGCCCGCCCCGGCGCUCUCCGACGACCAGAAGUCGCAGCAGACGGCGCUGCUCAACCGCUACAUCGCGCGUGACCUGUUGGACAGCGUCAACAAGUUCGAGCGCAGCAAGUACUCGGAGAAGGUCUACGGCGAGCUCAACGACCUGCGCGACUUCUACCGCGAGGAGGUCUUCCCCGUGCGCCGCCAGAACCCCGGCGCCAUCUUUGGCUACGGCUAUGCGGGCUACGGCAACGGCGUCACUGACCUGCAGACGAACCCCCGCGAUCCUCGCUCGCAGCUGCCGCAACUGCUGUAUCCCAGCCAGGCCAAACGCGCCGGACGACGUGCCGCGCCGCAGCUGAAAGUCGACCGGGAGAAGGGCGCACAGCAGGCCGAGCAGGUCGAGGAACUGGUGCCCGUGCGCCUGGAAAUUGAGCUGGACAGGCUGAAGCUGCGAGACACCUUCACCUGGAACCUCCACGAUCGCGUCACCGACCCGCUGCUCGUCGCUCGCACACUCGUCGAAGACUUCCAGAUCCCCCCAGAGCUGCACCAAAACGUCAUACACCAAGUCGACCGCGAGAUCCGGGAGCAGAUCCAGGACUACUACCCCCACGCCUUCUUCGACGACGAACCCCUCGACUCAUCACAGCCUUACUCGGCCUUCAAGAAUGACGAAAUGCGCAUUUUGAUCAAACUGAACAUCACUAUCGGACAGCACACGCUGGUAGACCAGUUUGAAUGGGAGAUCAACAACGCUCUGAACUCGCCUGAAGAAUUCGCGGGUCAGAUGGCGGCUGAUCUCUCUCUUAGUGGAGAGUUUGUGACAGCGAUCGCCCAUUCGAUACGAGAGCAAUGCCAGAUGUUCACAAAGAGUCUGUACAUCACAGGGCAUCCCUUCGAUGGCCGAUCUGUUGAAGAUGCAGACAUCCAGGACAAUUUCCUGGCAUCUCCUUUGCCUUCGGUGUUCCGGCCCAUACAGUCGACGAAGGAUUACCAGCCAUAUCUGUACGAGCUGAGCCAUUCUGAGCUAGAGCGCGCAGAGUUGUCCAUCUUGCGCGAACAGCGAAGGCAGAAACGAUCGGUCAACAGACGUGGAGGGCCAGCGUUACCCGAUCUCAAGGAUCGCCAGCGAACUGUCCGGACUCUAAUCGUCUCUUCUGUUCUCCCUGGAGCAGCCGAGACGCUGGAAGAGAGCCACCUGUUCAAAGCGACGAGGAAAGCGAGGGAAGGCAGGAGACGCGGCGCUGAUGAUGAUUCUGACGACUCGGAUAGUGACGAUUCGGUUAUGGAGUCGCCAGCACCAGCACAGAUUACUGGCGGAACUGCACGAACCAGAGGCAUGCGUGGUGCCGCAGUGUCAGCGCAAGCGGCGAUGAGGUCAGCCAUAGGACGGUCAGCAACCCCAGAGGUCGCUCAACUCCAAGAAACUCGCGAGCACCGCUCAACAAGGGCACAAAGAUAUGAAGCACGGGAAGAGAGUGUAUCGGAGUCUGCUACACUCAUCGUCAAGCUACGCAUAUCAUCUGCGAAACUCAGAGAAUGGCAGAGGAAUCCGAGGGCGUUUGCAAAGCCAACAUCUACACCCAUGAUGGCACCAACAUCUUUACCAGCACGAGGAACACCUGGCGCCAACUCCAUGCCCCCACCUCCUUCGCCAGCUAUGGCACCGACCUCCAAACCUUCCGAGGCAUCUCCACGACCGCCGUCCACACCUACUCCUAAGCCUCCGGCGAAGCAGUUUCAGUACAAGCCGGAUGGUUCGUUAGACGCGCCAUGGCCGACGCCAGCCCAAGGGCAAACACCGCCUUCUCCACCAUGGCUUCAACAAGCUCUGCAAGACCUUCGCGAUCGCAAUCCCGACCACAAAUUCGAAUCCACCAUGCGUUACGUCGUCAUGAAUGAAGCCCACGAGAACCGCGAGACCGGUAAGACGGAAUCGAAGGCUGUCAAAAUUGACGGCCUCUCUUCUGGCGACCCACUACCACCAAACCACCAAGCAUAUUACCUCCCAAGGAUACGCUGUCAGGAUUGUCCGGGGAAGCUCUAUAACGCUGGUCCCGGACAAACUGUAACGAAUUUCGAAUUACAUCUUAAGAAUAGGCAGCACAUGAGCAACGUGUCGAAUAGGAUUGGAAGGCCCGUUUCAUAAUUUUGUGGCA